AUGGAUCCACGAAGCACAAUUUCAAUGGAUAAUGCUGAUAGUAAUAAUCAUUUUUUCGUUUCUGAUGAAAAAAAGGAAAUUAAUCAAAAUUUUAAUAGCUCAGGUUACUAUUAUAAUAACAAAGGGGAUGACAAAUUUAAAUUUUUACAUAACCAUAAAUAUAAUGUAUCACCCACUACAUUUGGUGUGAAUUUUCUAAACUGUAACAGUAGCAAAAAUGUUAAUUCGAAAAUUGGGAAGAAUAAAUUCAAUUUUUUUACCGGCACUAGGAGUUACAGCCAUAUUGUUAAUGGAGAAAAUACAAAAAUUUGUAACAAUUUUGAAACUUUAUUAAAUGUGGCAAACUAUGGCGAGCAGCAUAGAAAGAGAGAACCAGAGCCAGAGGUUUUUUUUCCUAAUGAACAUAGUAUGCAUAGAUCAAAUCAUGAUUCCCAAAUAGCUACGCAUCAUCAUAUAUGCCAAAAUGGAAAUUACGAUGAAAAGGUGGAAAAGGGAGAAAAAUUGGAAAAUGGAGAAAAAUUGGAAAAGGGAGAAAAAUUGGAAAAGGGAGAAAAAUUGGAAAAGGGAGAAAAAUUGGAAAAGGGAGAAAAAUUGGAAAAGGGAGAAAAAUUGGAAAAGGGAGAAAAAAUUGGAAGAAUAGAAAAAGCUCAAAACUUCCAAAAAAUGGAGAACAGUUACAAAUCACAUGACCCGAGUAAUAUCAUGCCCCCCCAUACAAAAGACUAUAAAUCGAAUAUUGAAAAAAUAAAACAAAAUAAUAUUAAUAGUCAAAUAAUUAAGGACAUCAAAAGAAGUAAGUCAAAUUAUAAUUUUAAAAAUAUUGUCAUCACAAAUGUUUUCCUUGGGAAUAUUCCACCAAAUAUAACAGAAGAGAGAAUAAAAAAUGUGCUCGAAAUAUUUGGUUAUAUAAUCCACAUUGAGUAUAAAUGGUCUAUCGAUAAAUGGUCGUAUGCAUUUGUUUAUUUUGUUGAUGAAAAGUGUGCAAUAAAUGCAGUCAACAUCCUGAAUCAAAAAAAAUUUUUUGAUAAUUCACCAAACCAUAAAUUAAUAUGUUUCAUUGUUUCAAAACAAAUUCCGAAUCAAAAUACGUUGCACUACAGCAAGGCGAAUUUUUCCCUGUUAAAAGAUGGGCCUCCAGGCGCAAAUCUGUUUUUAUACGGAAUUCCACUAAAAUGGACAGAAUUGAAUUUAAUUCAACUGGUAAACAAGUAUGGGCAUGUCGUAGGAUUGAGAAUUCCGUACAUAAACAACGAAAAUGAUAAGAAACAGGGAAAUAGAGGUUUCGGUUUUGUUUCUUACGACAACAAAAAGUCCGCCAUUGAAGCUUUUGAAGAGUUAUCAAAAAUGUAUAUACAUGGAAAAUUGCUAAAAGUGCAAUUAAAAAAUGGAGAAGAGCAUUUAUUACCAGCAAAGUUAAAAAGCAUAUACAACGGGAACAUUAGUCAGAACGUUAACGCAAACCCGAGUACUCACCAAAGCCUGAACAUGCACCCCAAUCCGAACAUGCACCCCACUCCGAACAUGCACCCCACUCCGAAUGUACAUCCCAAUCCGAAUGUACAUCCCAAUCCGAACAUGCACCUCAGUCCGAACAUGCACCUCAGUCCGAAUGUACAUCCCAACCCGAACGUGUACUCCAAUCCGAACCUGCAUCCCAAUCUGAACAUUAACCCUAACGUCGGUGCGAAUAAAAACAAAGUAAAGGAUCCGAAUAACAGCAAAACGGCGCAAAGUCUAGUAAGCACGACUGAUACGUUAAAAACGCUUAAUUCGGUCAAUUCUGUGGAUAUGGUAAAACAAUCGAAAAAUAAAUUCCCAAGCAAUAGUAACAACGAAUGCAAAAAUUUUAUAGCAAAUAAAAACAUAGCUAUUGAUCAUGUAUGUAACAGCACGAAUAAUAACAUACAUCAUAUUUCUAUAUCGGAUCAGAAUUCCUCAGUAGUAUUACUAGGGAAUGAUGCAAAUAGUAAUGAUGCUCCACCACCAUUAAACAAGGCACAUGGGAAGUUCUUUAAAAAUAACUCUGGAAACAGUUAUAAUAAAUAUCAUGGAACAAAUAAAAAAGUGAAUAAAUACAUGCACAACUUUCAACAUAACAUUUUAGUGAACCCUAUGUUACCCCCCUCCUAUUCUUCGGAACCCAUGAGCAGUUUAUAUAAUACAAGCGAAGUAACUUCCUUUGAUGUUGAUGAUAAUGGUGAAAAUAGUAACGUUUCUUUGGAUUUGAUGAAAAAAUGUGAUAAUGUUAGAAGCUUUACGAGUGUCAUGGAUAUUAGAGGUGACAAUGCAAUAGGAUCCGAUGACCAAAUCAUUAACGAAGAUGUAAAUAACCACAGGUAUAUAAUAGAUGAUGGAAAAAUCGAAAAAAUAAAGAGGAAAAAUGAAAUGCCAACAUAUGACUACGCGAAUGAUAAAUUUGAUCACUUCCAUAAUUCACAUGUUAAUAAGAUCAAUACAACGAUAGAGAGACAAGAACAUUAUUUAUGGUCAAAGAGACGAAUAUUUCAAAACCAAGCAGAACAAAAGGAAAAAGGUAUAAAUAAUAAACUGUAUAAUCAUCCUAACAAAAUAGAUGGAAAGAAAUUACAAACAAAUAUGAAUACUGGUGGUUCGUACACGUCUAAUCGAUUUUUAGAGGAUAGAAAUGUAGAGGAAAUGCAAUUUUCUAGAUUGAACCAUUUAAAAAAUAAAAUUUAUACACACCAAAGAAAUUACAUGUUCUGUAGUCCGAGUGCUGAAGAAAACACUAGUGUGAACAUGUAUAACCAGUUUUUUGCUAAUGGCAUAACGAAAGUGUGUACGGCCACACAGGAGCCAAACCAAAUGCAAAAGUCACAAAAGUGUAAUGAGGACGAGAAUGGGCAUUUCGACGCAAAUGGUGGAAAUGGAGGUGGUGGAAACUGGAACGGGAAUAGCUUCGCCCCACUCGGAGAUCCCUUUAAAAAUACGAAAAAUAUAAAGCACCUUAGCAUGGACAAAGGAAACAUAACUUCCUUUUUAAAUCAUAUCUGGUAUGACAGUGCUUAUAAGGAUAAGGAGAAGGGACAAGGAGGAACCAAUGAUGUUCACAAUGUCCACGAUGUUCACAAUGUUAACAAUGUUCAUAAAGAUGGUUACAUGGACACUUACGAUAUCUCUCAUAAGGAUUGGCAUAAUAAAACUCAUUUGGGGAACACAAAUGAAUAUAAGAAUUAUGUUGGUAAUGCCACUGUCAAUGAGGACACUAUCGGUGUUGUUAAUGACCACGAGAAAAACAAGCGAAACGAUAUCGAGUGCAGUAGAAAAGUGGAAGAGACUCAUUUUGCAGAAAACGAGUUUGUAACUGAAAUUAACAAAAAUUUUAAUCUGAACGUAAAUGUAAAUAGUUGGCAGCUUUGUGAUAAAAAGUAUGAUGAAGUAAAUGGUGCAAACCGAAGUGAUGAAAACUUUUGUUUUAAUUUUGAACACAAUAAUAUACUUGAGACAAAGGUUGUCAGUAGUGGUACAAGCGGAAACAGUGGAAACAUUGUGAAUGAGGGAAAAAACUCUUCAAAUUAUUAUAAAAACAUGCAACUUUUUUUUACAUUUUUAAACACAUAUGCAAAUAAGAACUCACUAAACAUAGAUGACUAUAUUAGUAAGGAGAACAUGGAAUUGUACGAAAUGUUAAACUCCAAAUUUGACAACUAUUCAGAUAAGAAUAAUUUGGAAUAUUCGUUUAUAGCAUUUCUCUCCAAGAAUAAGAAAAACGAGGAGGAGACACAUCAUGGAAACAAAAAUGAAGAGCAACUCAAAAAUGAGUUACCUGAAGACUUACACAACGAAGCAAGAAAAGAAACUUUUGAAGAAUUAGGAGAAACACUACAGAAAUAUAAUCCCAUUUCAUUCUUACAGGAAGACUAUGACCAUAUGCUGCAUUCAGAAUCACCUGAUUUCCAUAACAUCUGCCACUCUGGUUCAAGCUUUUAUGGACAAAUCGGUGCGUAUAGCAACAAUAGCAGCAGCAAUGAAUAUAAUAAAAAUAGCAGUGAUAGUAAAAAUAAUUAUAGUGGAAAUUAUAACACGAACCAAAACGACAAUCAUAACAGCAAUCAUAACGACAAUCAUGAUGACAAUCAUAACAGCAAUCACAGUGGUAGUCAUAACAAAAGGCAAAACUUAGACGAAAGUUUCUCGCAGCAAAAUUAUGACACAUUAGACCGAUAUCUAAGUGAUAUAUACGUUUUUAAUGAUUACAUGAAUGCAAAUAACUGUAAUAAAUCCAUAUUCAAUUUUGAAUUCAGAAAUAAUGAGAACACGGGUAUUAAUAAUGAGAAGAAAUUGUACGGUGGUACCGAUAAUACUAACAUGAGUAGGAGUAACAAUGACAGCAGCAGCAGUAGCACCAGUUGUAGCAGUAAAGUUGUUUCUAUGUCGCAGGAAAUUAUAAGCAAACAUACUCCUUCAUAUUACAGUGAGAACAACAUAAAUACGAAUAAUAGUGGAAAUAUCAGUAAUGUCAGAAAAAAUACUUAG